AAAUGUGGAAAAAAAAACGUCUGGGCAAAUUAACAGAGUACAAUAAGUCAACACUGUGAAAAAAACUGUUAAAAAACCAACAACAAAAUGCAAGUGAAAAGGAAAAAGGAAAGACCAAAAAGUAAACAAAAAUAAAUAGCUGCAUCUAAAGAAAUUUGUUGCAUUCUGCAACUGUAUAAUAAAGUUUUACAAAAAAAACUAAGAAAUUUAUAUAUUUUUUUAAUAAAUUUAUUAACAAAAUUAUUAAACAUGAAUAUUGUAUAUGAGUUCUUUCGUAAUAAUCAUAUUUUGGCAAUAUGUGAAGAUGUUUUGUGCAAAAAAUCAUUUACCUUAAAUUUAUCACGUUUUGAAAUGCCCGAGGUGCCUGAAUUAGUGGAAAAAUGCAAUAUAAUAUUUAAAUUAUUUUUAAAUCACAAUCAUUUGACACAACUACCCGCUUUUGUCAGCCAUCUAACACGUCUGCAAAUUUUAACUUUGGACUUUAAUAAAUUAAAUGAAUUUCCUCUGGUCAUUUGCCAGCUAACAAAUCUAAAAGUAUUAAACAUUAGCUGUAAUCAUAUCAAUACUUUACCCAAAGAAAUUGGUCAAUUAAUACAAUUGGAAACAUUUUGGUGUAAUAAUACCGGUCUACAACUCUUACCCGAAGAAUUGGGUAAUUGUGAGUGUUUGGAAACUUUAGGUGUUAGAGGCAAUCAAUUAAAAAGUCUUCCUUCUUCUGUUAAACGUUUACGCAAAUUACGAUGGUUAACUUUGGAAAAUAAUCAAAUUUCUUUGGUGCCCGAUUCUAUGGGAGAUUUAAAAAAUCUUAUACAUUUAAAUUUGAAAAGUAAUCAUUUGAUUGCUAUUCCACAUUGUUUGAAACGUAUGAAAAGAUUGCAAUAUGUUUUUCUCAAUUGUAAUCGUAUUGCUGGUCCCGUGAUGGAGGAAUUCUUAAAGGAAUUGGAUUUUAUAAGAAUGUUGAAUAUAUGUGAUAACCCCUUGUGUAAUGUAAUGACAACUAAAAUGCAAUUGAAGGAACAUGGCAAUAUACUCUGUGAUACAAAAGAUCAUACAAAUACAACCAACAUGGAUGAGUUAUUAGAUGAUAAUGAUAAUAAUGAAGACGAUGAUGAGGAUUUAUCUGAUUGGGAAAACAGUAUUGAGACCAGUGAUUUAGAUACCACCGAUGAAAGUAGUCCGGAAAAUGAUGUAGAGGAUAUUUCCGUUUUAAUACCCGAACUUUCACGUUAUAUAACAAAUUUUAGUUAAUAUUUAAUUAAAACUUUUCAAAUUUAUGGCCGGAUCCUUAAUUUAUAAUAAUGUUUGUGUGUUCUUUUCGUUUUAUUUAAUAAUU